UAUUCUAGAACAACAUCACAAAAAUUAGAUGAAUUUGAUCUUCCAACACUUGAUCUAUCUGAAGAACAAAACACAGAAGAAUUAUCAAGAAUGGAAAUUCAUCAACUGCAUGUAAAUAUAAGAACCCAAAAUAAUCAUAAUUAUAAUUUUAGCAAUUAUUUAUUAAGUAUCAGAAAUGGAACAGAACCAACUUAUAAUAAUAAAAUGAUUCGUAUUCCUAAUUAUAUGGUUAUACCUUGGAAAAAUGAAAAGUCUUUACAAGCUCUUAUCGAAUAUAUUUAUCCGAAUUUAACUGAACAUCACCUAGAUAUUUCUUAUUUUACUGAGUGUGCUAUUCUUGCAGCCAAGAAUGAAUAUAUUGAUCAUAUUAAUGAUAUGAUCUUAGACCAAACACCUGGUGAUAUUAUAACAUACAAAAGUUAUGAUUCUGUUCCUGACGAUACAC